AACCAAUUCGUCGAUUCUUCUACGAGCAUUUGCCAGACUUCCUCUCUGUCUCUGUCUCUGUCUCUCUCUCUCUCAUUAAUCGGUUUCAGAGAAUGUUAAGCAAAUGGUUGGAGUAGAAUCCAAUCCAUGGUAGCUUCUCAAUCCCUAACCAAAUUCUAGGGUUCUGUUGUCGAAAUAUUCCGUCGUUUUUUUCCCCAAUUUCGUUCUUCCCCAAAUCGAUUGUCAUUCGUGUUGAUCAGUUGCAGUUUCCAUCUCCGCCGAUCCUGUUCUUGAUUUCUGGCUUCCAGGAGGGUGGCGACUUCUGUGAGAAUUUCGUUUUUCGCAUUUCUCCUUCGUGAUCUUUCUGGAGUUUGGUUUAGGAAUGAAUGUUAGGUUUUCGCGAUGGGGGAUUUUGGUCACUGGUGUAUAAUCAAAUCAUGCGUGUUGGUUGAGAAUUUUUCUAUUUAGGGCAAACGGGUGGGGAUUGUUGGUUUGUUUAUGUGUUGGAGAUUAUUGGUGUUCUUUGACUAUUCGGUUUAUUGCAGUUGAUUUUUUUGGGGUUUUUUAAUUUGAGGAUAUGCAUAUUGAGGAAUUGAAGGAAGGGGAGUUGCAGAGUGGGGAAGAGGGAAAUUCAGGUUCCAUUGUAAGUAAUUUGGAGGACCAGAGCGUUAUUAGGUCUGAUGUUAAAAGGAUCGUUGUUGGAGUUGGGGCUCGUGUUCUUUUCUACCCGACUUUGCUUUACAAUGUUUUCAGAAAUAAGCUUCAGACGGAGUUUCGUUGGUGGGACAGGGUCGAUGAGUUUAUAUUGUUAGGUGCUGUUCCAUUCCCUGCCGAUGUUCCCCGUUUGAAGGAGGUUGGCGUUGGAGGAGUGAUAACACUAAAUGAGCCAUAUGAGACUUUGGUUCCUUCAACUCUAUAUCGUGAUUAUGACAUUGAUCAUCUGACCAUUCCAACUAGAGACUAUUGCUUUGCACCUUUAUUGAGUGACAUUUGCAUUGCUACAAAUUUCAUCCACAAAAAUGCAUUGCACGGACAGACUACAUAUGUUCAUUGUAAAGCUGGACGAGGGCGUAGCACAACCGUUGUUAUCUGCUAUUUGGUGCAAUACAAGCAAAUGACGCCAGAUGAAGCUUACAAACACGUGAAGUCAAUCAGGCCAAGGGUGCUUCUAGCAUCAUCACAGUGGCAGGCUGUCCUGGAAUUCUACCACAUGAUUGUUCAGAAGGAUGUUUCCUUCUGCCACAUAGAUGAUCUAGGAAAGAAAGUAUCUGGAUCAUCACACGAUCUUAUCACAUUUGAUGAUAGUUCUGUAGUUGUUGUAAAAGGAUCUGAUCUCGAAGGAUAUGACCCAAGUAUCAGCCAAAGUGAAAUGGGCGAUAUCUGGGCAGAUUUAAAUGUGGUCUGCAGAGUUCGUGUUGCUGGUCAGGCAGCCCUCACAAGAAUCUCCUGUUUGUGGCUCAGCUAUCGAGAAAAACACCAUAGCAAGAAAAUUUCAGGAGAUGAUCUAGGUGUUGGGAAGGGCUGUUCACUCAGUGCUGCUCAUUUGGAAGGGUUCAGUGUGGACAUCCAUGUCUAUUAAACCAAUUCAGAGGUCACAAGUUUUCUGUACUUACCUCUUAUAUAUGCUAAAAUAUAGUGAAAUAUGUAUCGGGCAGAUUUGAAAUUGUUAAUAUCAUGUACCUAUAAGUGAGAUUAUCAUGUCCAAUAUGUAUUCAUCCUGAACAUGUUAAUGCAAUUCUUAUGUUUCAUGAAUUCGAA